ACUCGGAAGCUUCUUCCGAAGCUCGCGCGUGUUGUUUUUUCACAACAUGGCGUGAAGCAAUUUUUAUCAUGUCCACGGCAGCCGAAAUUCGCACAGGCUAUGCACAAGGGACAGAUACAGCCGCAGUUCUCACAAAUCAUUCUAAAUAUAUCACUAUUAUAGCCGAUGAGCCAUAUUUUUCUAGACAUUAUCGACCGGUCGCGACAAGUAACUUCCAUCGCAAAGGAACCCGUCCAACUCAUCGAACGACACUCACUUUCGAAGUUUGCCCUUUCAAAACUUCUUAUAAAAGCACUUUUAAAGAGAAUUUCUCAGGGAGUAAAACUGCCCAACCAAGCAAAAGACCACCUGCCUUCCCCUCCCAGCACACAUCUCAGUUCAACAUAGGCCCAUCCCAAGACCACUUGCUGAACACACGGACCAGGGAGACCUACAUCACCCACGACAUUAAACCGAGCUCACAAACUCAUGAGCACAACCAGAGAUGGAAUCACCAGAUGGCUGGACAUGACAUGGUGCAGUCAACAAGAUACAAAAACUCCUCUCAGAUCAAUUUUGAAACCACUUAUUCAUCUGUGCAUGACUCACUUGGAAAACAGAGAGGGCCUGGUGUGAGGAUGUGUUAUCCAACACAACAACGAUACAACAUUAUCACAGGAAGUGACAGACCAUCGUUUGAGGGUGAUUAUCACAGGAUAUCAGGGAACAGAGUCUUGCACAGUGCACGUGCAGGGCAGGAGUCUAUAGAUUUUCUGGAUUGAGAUAUUCUCGCAACCUGAUGAAGAUAUCCCAUAUCAAAGUCAGUGCUGUUGCUGUGUUAUCUUCUUUGAGGGAUAAUAUCCUUUGGUAGCCUUGAAUCCACCCAUAGAAAACAAUGUUUUCCAAGGUUUCUCACUGUAACUGCAAAGUUGUCAUAACUUAUCAAUUUUCAAAAUAAGCUCUUAUAAAUAUCUGUAAACAGGCUGUAACUUAUGUACUGUAGGUAUUUUGACCAAAGUUUUUUUUUAUUAAAAGCUUAAAAUACUGA